AUGAGAAAAACGUACGUGGUUAAUAGAGUCACGAAAAUUCAAGAAUUGUCUCAAGACGCGACUUGGCUACACGUGUCUUCCAAAGAGAAUCCGCGGAUUUAUUGUCAAGAGGAAUCACAGUUGAUCAAUGGAAAUGCAGUGACCUCUGGUGGCAUGGCCCCGAGUGGCUUCGCGAGUGAUAGCUUUCGUUCUCAGAUUCAAAGCCAAUGCGUUGAGUGGAAAAAAAAUGGUCCACUUUCGGUUAAGGAGUUUAAAAAAGCAGAAAAAGCAAUCAUAAGACUGACUCAGCAAGAAGCAUUAGCAACAGAGCUUCAGUCCAUCGAACAAGGAGCACAAGUCAUCAAGACAAGCAAAAUUGCUUCUAUCAAUCCAUACAUCGACAGUGAAGGUCUUCUUCGGGUUGGCGAAAGAUUGUCGAAGGCUGAUAUUCCGGAAACUCAGAAGCUUUCGAUAAUCUUACCAACUCGACACCUCAUCACGAAGAUGAUUCUCAAGAAAGAGCAUAUCCAGCUGCAUCGCUGCGGUCCAGAAAACUUACUGUGUUCCAUACGAUCAAAAUAUUGGCCACUGAGUGGCAGAAGAGAGGCACGAAAGGUUACGAACGAUUACGCAGGCCCGUUGCAAGUACGUGAAAGUCGUCGACGAGGUCUAGUUCACACAUUAAAAGUGUGGAUUGUUGUAUUCACCUGCUUCGCGACAAAGCCAGUUCAUCUGGAGCUUGUUACGGAGUUAACAUCAGAAACAUUCUUGGCAGCACUACGGCGAUUUGUCGCUAGACGUGGCGUUUGCUCACAAAUUAUAUCCGACAAUGGUACCAACUUUGUUGGCGCAGUUCGAGAAUCAAAAGAAGUUUUCGAGUUUCUCGAAAAAGAAGAAAACACGAUAUCGGAGCAUCUCUCACAACAAAAAAUCACCUGGAAGUUUAUCCCACUACGGGCACCGCAUUUCGGCGGAGUGUGGAAGGCGGCUGUCAAAACUACAAAACGACAGCUUAAUACAGUUCCCAUGGGCUUGGUCUCAACGUUCGAAGAAUAUUAUACUCUUUUGGUCGAAAUCGAAUCGAUCCUGAAUUCCCGACCGUUGACUCCACUAUCCAGUGAUCCCAAUGAUACAACUGCCAUGACCCCUGCCCAUUUCCUUAUUGGGGACACACUCAUAUUGCCUGCAGAACAUAACUAUCUUGAAACAUCCGACAACAGACUGUCGCGAUGGCAACACCUUCAAAAGGUUCGCCAACACUUUUGGAGGAGUUGGCAUGCGGAGUAUUUGUAG